GGUAUCACGUGACGUCAGUCAGUCUAAAUAAAAACCUCUGACCUACGGGGAAAAGUUCAAAGAUUCACAGGGAAAUUUCCAGAGCAGGGAGCAAGAAGUUGUGCCUUUUUCGUCGUACGAUCGUCUCACAGAGCCGUAAGACCAGGAUGGCGAGUUGUAGGAACUCCGUACUCCGUCUGAUCGCUGUUGUCGUGGUUUUGACGUCCGGUUCUGGAAUCGUGGCCGCCCCUUUCAAAGCAUAUGACAAAGACACAGCGUCCCUGCGUUUCAUGGUACUAGGAGACUGGGGAGGAGAGCCAGUGUACCCCUACAGUACAGGUGUGGAGAAGGCUGUAGCAGACAGGAUGGGGAAAGUGGCUGACACCAUGGACUACAAGUUUGUCUUGGGCCUGGGAGACAACUUCUACUUCGACGGCGUACAGAACGAAUUCGACAAAAGGUUUAAGGAAACCUUUGAGGAUAUCUUUAAAGCGCCCUCUCUUGACAUUCCCUGGUACUUCAUCGCCGGUAACCACGACCACAAUGGCAACGUGACAGCCCAGAUAGAGUACUCACACAGGUCCAAGAAAUGGAACUUCCCCAGCCUGUACUACAGUCUGAACUUCACGGUCCCCGGUACCAACACCACGGUCACGAUCAUCCAGUACGAUUCCAUCACGCUGUGCGGGAACUCUGACGACUUCCAGCCCGGGCUCCUGAUGGGGCCGGAGGAUCUGCAGUUCGCCAACACUCAGCUGAAAUGGCUGGAAGACCAGCUGAAAGCUACAAAAUCGGACUACGUGAUCGUGACUGCUCACUACCCUGUGUGGUCUGUGGCGGAACAUGGUCCAACUAAGUGCCUGGUGCAGCAAGUAAAGCCACUUCUAGAACGUUAUGGAGUCACUGCGUACUUUAGUGGGCACGACCACAAUCUUCAGCACUUGAAGGAGAAAGACUCAGAUGUGGAGUACUUCGUCAUUGGAUGUGCCAACUUUGUCGACGACUCUCAGAAGCACACAGACUCCGUACCGAAGGACUCUCUCAAGUUUAGAUGGGCGGACAAGGCUGGGAUGGGGGGCUUCGCACACGUAGAGGUCACAGAAGACAAUAUGACCUUUACAUUUUUGGAGGCCGCCAACGGUAAAGAGUUGUAUCAAAGUGUCAUGAAGCCAAGGAAGUUGAAGUAAACCAGU